AUGACUGAUGAAUUCAAUCGAUAUUAUAUCAAAAUUCGAGCUAUUUUGGGAAUAGAUUCAAAAACAAUCUUUGACGAACUUACAGAGGCAUUGGAACCUGAUGCUCCAUCAUAUCCAACAGUCAGAAGAUGGGCGAAACGUUUUCGUGAAGGAAGAGACGAUGUCACUGAUGAUCCUCGAUCUGGUCGUCCGAUUUCGGUACUUACAGAUGAAAAUGUUGAACGCGUUCGACAAGUUAUCGAAGAUGAUCCACACUCAACUUAUGAUGAUAUUAUGGGUGAGACUGAUCUAUCACGUGGUACAAUAGAACGAAUUAUUCAUGAUCGUCUAAAGAUGAGAAAAGUUACAUCACGUUGGGUUCCUCAUCAACUUACUGACGAACAAAAACAAAAACGACUUAGAAUUUGUCGUCAAAAUUUAGAGAAAUUUAGAAAUGGAACAUGGCAUUUAUGUGAUGUUAUUACUGGUGAUGAGACAUGGAUUUAUCACAGGCAGAUUGGUCGAAAGUCAAGCAAUGCUACUUGGGUUGGCGAAAAUGAACUACCAAGAACCAUUGUUCGUCGGAAUAGAUUUGAACCUAGAACACUAUUUUGCUUCUUCUUCAAAUCCACUGGUUCUCUUCUCAUACACAAAGUAGAUAAGGACAAGACAAUCGAUCAUGACUACUGUAUUGAUAAUUGUCUUAUACCUGUUAUCAAUGAAAUAAGAAAAAAGGAAAAGUCAUCACGUACUACAUAUAAAAUGCUUCAUGAUAAUGGUCCUCCUCAUACUCAUCCAGAUGUUAUUGAUUAUUUAAUGGAGGAAGGAAUCGAAAUCAUUCCACAUCCACCAUAUUCACCAGAUCUCGCACCGUGUGACUUUUGGCUAAAUGAUUAUAUCAAGAACAAGUUGACGGAUCACACAAACGAAGAAUCAUUAGCUCAAGAGGUUUCCACCAUAGUGAAGAAUAUUCCAAUAAACGAGUUUAAAAAGACUUUCGAUAAACUGUUAGAAAGAAUGAAACUUUGUAUCGAAAAUAAUGGUGAUUAUUUUGAGCAUUUAAUAAAAUAAAAUAACGAAUGUCUCUUCGUUUCUGUAUUGUGGUUUUAUGUUGGCAUGAUCUUUUCUUGGCUAUAAAUACUAUAGAUUUAGUCUGAAAGGAUGUUAGAACUAAGUCUAAGAGAGAGUUGCUCUAUAUAUUAUUAAAGACGAGACGUUAUACUAUAUAUUGCCUUAGUAAAAUAUUCAAUAUUUAUUGCUUUAUUAAAUUUUAAAAACUGUGAUCAGAACUUUUGGUAUACCCUAAGUAUAGCUGUUGUAAAGGUGUGGCGAAAACGGCUACUCUUAUCCUCCAUAAUUACUUGGCAUAUGAUCGCGUACAGCCGAGCAUAACUGACCUGGGUAUUCACCAUUUACUUAAUGUUGGCCCUCGAUGAUACAGACGACGCACCUAUUGCUGGCCAUCAUACAUAUUAAUCAUCUACUGCAUAGUGAGCCUCAUCAAUUUAGAUUACCUAAUUGAUGAUUCUCCUUAUAGAUAUCUAUUAACUACUCAAGGACAGUGCUUAAUAUUAUAAAUGAUAGUACGCGUGUGAAAAUAU